AUGGCGCCUUUAAAAGCACCAGGACCGGAUGGGAUGCCACCACUUUUCUACCAACACUUUUGGGGGACGAUGAACCAAGAGGUAACAUCUACAAUUCUUACUUGGCUGAAUUCAAGUAAUUUGCCUCAUCCAAUAAAUCAUACUUUCAUCACCUUAAUCCCAAAAGUGAAAAAUCCUGUAUUAGUUUCUGAAUAUCGCCCUAUAAGUUUAUGUAAUGUGUUGUACAAGAUAUUUUCCAAAGUUCUUGCAAAUAGAUUGAAAAAAUUCAUGCCAGAACUUAUAACUAAGCAUCAAUCUGCUUUUGCAAAAAAUAGGCUUAUUUCAGAUAAUGUUUUAGUUGCUUUCGAGACUUUACAUUGUAUGAAAAAUCAUAAUUCAGGAAAAACAGGUUUUAUGGCUGUCAAGCUUGAUAUGAGCAAAGCAUAUGAUAGGGUGGAGUGGGAUUAUUUACAGAAACUAAUGGAGAAUAUGGGAUUUUGCACAAGAAUAUUCAAGGCAAGAUUUUUCCCUCAUUGUUCAUUCAUGGAAGCCAAGGAAUCGACAACUGGGUCAUAUGCUUGGAAAAGCAUUUUGAAGGGAAGGGAGGUCAUCAAAAUGGGAUCAAGAUUUCAGGUUGGGAAUGGAAAAAACAUUAAAAUAUGGCAGCACCAUUGGCUUCCCAUUAAACACCCACCUUUAGUUACUUCUCCAAUCAUUGAGUCUAUGGAGGAUGCCACGGUUGACUGUUUAAUAGAUGAGAACACAGGGAAAUGGGAUGCUGAAAUGUUGGACGGAGUUCUUAAUCUAGCAGAAGUUGAACUUGCAAAGAAGAUUCCUCUUGCCCGAAGCCAAACUGAAGACUCUCUGAUUUGGCCUUUCACGGCAAAUGGACAAUACAAUUGCAAAUCCGGAUCUCACUUUCUAAAGGACUUGGAGACCGGGGCUAAAGGAGGCACACAACCGGACUUGGAUAAAAAAAUCUGGAAAAGCAUUUUGUCAUUGGAGAUUCCAAACAAAUACAAAAAUUUUUUGUGGCAUGCAUGCAGAGACUCUCUCCCAACAAAGGCCAACUUGACCAGAAAGACAAUCAUUCCAAACCCAAUCUGCGAUAGAUGUGCUUCAAUGGCAGAGGAUACAUUACAUGCUCUUUGGGGCUGCUCUGGUUUAAACGUGGUUUGGGAUGAUGAAAGAUGGAGCUUUCGGUCAAGGGAGGUCUUCACUGAUUUCAAGCAACUAUACGGAUGGUUAUUGGAGAAGGGGAAGCCGCUUCAUCUCUUUGCUAUCCAAGACCUGAAACAUGCUGCACAAGAACGCUGGAAUGAGAUCAGAUCAAGCAAUCCUCUGCCAAACCCGAUCAGACCACAGCCCAAGCCAAAAUGGUCAAUCCCACCACUGAACAAAUAUAAGAUAAAUUAUGAUGGAGCAAUCUCAAAGGCAGACAACAAAGCAGGGAUUGGAGUGGUUGUUCGCAACUGCAAUGGAGAGGUAAUGGCAUCCUUAAUUCAGCAAUUGGAGCAAGAUUUCCAGCCUGUGGAAGUGGAAGCCAUUGCUGCGUGCAGAGCAGUGGAGUUUGGCAGUGAGAUUGGAGUGGACUGUGCUAUUGUGGAGGGUGAUUCAGAAGUGAUAGUGAAGGCUUUGAGGAACAAUGACAAUGGAUUGACUCCUUUUGCACCACUGAUAGAUGAUGCCUCUUUAUUUUCGGGUUUGUUUUCAGAAUUGUCAUACUCUUACAUUAAGAGAGAUGGCAACAAAGUUACUCAUAGUUUAGUUAGGCUAGCUUUGACCACACCAGGUUGUACUGUGUGGAUGAAAGAUGUCCCAUCUCGCACUUUACCCUUUGUUCCGGCUGAUUUGGCCGCGCGUUGA